UUUUAUAGUUGUUAGAAACAAGUGCAGUCUCUCAGGGACUUUAUGGCAACUUAGAAAGAAAGCACAGGGAAGCAACAGGCGCUAAAAAACACAAAGUGAAGCACAAACAUGGCUUUAUCUGAGCUGUACACAAAGUAUAACAGAGUGUGGAUACCAGAUGAAGGACAAGUGUGGAAAUCGGCUGAAAUCACUAAAGACUUCCACUCAGGCGAUAAUGUUCUUGAAUUACUCCUGGAAGACGGAACUGUUCACCUCCACCCGGUUGACCCCUCCAAACCCAAACUGCCGCCUCUCAGAAACCCAGACAUCUUGGUAGGGGAGAACGACCUCACGGCUCUCAGCUACCUGCACGAACCUGCGGUCCUGCACAACCUCAAAGUCCGAUUUGUCGAGUCCAGAAUCAUCUACACCUACUGUGGUAUCAUUCUGGUAGCCGUAAAUCCAUAUAAACAGCUUCCUGUCUAUGGAGACGCAAUCAUUCAUGCUUAUUCAGGCCAGAACAUGGGAGACAUGGAUCCUCAUAUAUUUGCUGUGGCAGAGGAGGCGUACAAACAGAUGGCCAGGAAUCAUAAAAACCAGUCCAUCAUUGUGAGCGGGGAAUCCGGAGCUGGAAAAACCGUAUCGGCGCGUUACGCUAUGAGGUACUUUGCUGUUGUGAGCAAAUCUGGAAGUCAGACUCGGGUUGAAGACAAAGUGUUGGCUUCCAAUCCGAUCACAGAGGCAAUUGGAAAUGCAAAAACCACCCGAAACGACAACAGCAGCAGGUUUGGAAAAUACACAGAGAUCAGCUUUGACAGGAGGUAUCGCAUCAUCGGAGCGAACAUGAGGACUUACCUCUUAGAGAAGUCCAGGGUGGUUUUUCAGGCAGAAAAUGAGCGUAAUUACCACAUAUUCUACCAGAUGUGUUCGUGUGCAGACUCUGCAGAGUUCAAGCACCUGAGACUGUUGAGUGCAGAUGAGUUCAGGUACACCGGCAUGGGUGGCGACAUAACUAUAGAUGGUGUGUAUGACAAAAAAGACUUUGAAGAGACUCGACAGACCUUCUCCCUUCUGGGUUUGAAAGAGGACUUCCAGUCAGAUGUUUUUAAAGUUUUAGCUGCAAUUUUGCAUUUGGGGAAUGUGGAGAUCAGAAGCUCUGGGGACGACAAGUCAUCAGCUGCUCUGAGCGAUCCACACCUGGCGGCGUUCUGCGACUUGCUGUGUGUGAGCGCGGCUGAGCUGGUGCGAUGGCUGUGUAAUCGCCGGAUCGUUCUGGUGGCUGAAACGGUCGUGAAGCCGGUUCCUAAAGAGCGAGCGGCGGCCGGCAGAGACGCUCUGGCUAAGCAGAUCUACGCACACCUGUUUGACUGCAUCAUCACCAGGAUCAACACGGCGCUGCAAGUUCCUGGAAAACAACACGCUUUCAUCGGCGUUCUGGACAUCUACGGAUUUGAAACAUUUGACAUCAACAGCUUUGAGCAGUUUUGUAUCAACUAUGCGAAUGAAAAGCUCCAGCAGCAGUUUAACUUGCAUGUGUUCAAACUGGAGCAGGAGGAGUACAUGAAGGAGGACAUCCCUUGGACUCUGAUAGACUUUUAUGAUAAUCAGCCUGUUAUUGACCUGAUCGAAGCAAAGAUGGGGAUCCUCGACUUGCUCGAUGAAGAAUGCUUAUUUCCCCAAGGAACAGACCAGAGCUGGCUGCAGAAGCUGUUCAACUACCUUGAAGCCAAUCAUUUGUUUGAGAAGCCCAGGUUAUCAAAUGAGGCAUUUGUGAUUCAACACUUUGCAGACAAGGUGGAAUAUCAGUGCCGAGGUUUUCUUGAGAAGAAUCGAGAUGCUCUUUAUGAAGAGCUGGUGGACACGAUGGGAGCCAGUAAGUUUUCCUUUCUGGCACAUUUCUUCCAAGAGGAGGAGCAGAGCAGAGCGGCCAGUAAAGGCGUCAAAGUUAAAUCAGCCAGGCCUUCUGUGAAACCAGCCAAUAAGCAGCUGAGGACUUCAGUGGGAGAUAAAUUUCGCAGCUCCUUGUCUUUACUGAUGGGAACGCUGAACGCCACCACCCCUCACUAUGUUCGCUGCAUAAAGCCAAACGAUGAAAAACUCCCAUUUGAAUAUGACUCGGGGCGGGUGGUGCAGCAGCUGCGGGCCUGCGGAGUGCUUGAAACCAUUCGGAUCAGUGCACAGAGCUACCCGUCCAGGUGGACGUACAUUGAGUUUUACAGCCGAUACAGCAUCCUGAUGUCACAUGUGGAGGCAGAUUUCAACGACAAGAAACAAACCUGCAAAAAUGUCCUGCAGAGAUUGAUUCAGGACCCCAACCAGUACAAGUUUGGCCGUACAAAGAUCUUCUUUCGCGCUGGACAGGUAGCUUAUCUGGAGAAGCUGCGUCUGGAUCGACUGAGAGGAGCCUGCGUGACGAUUCAGAAACACGUCCGUGGAUGGAGCCGCAGGAGGAAAUACCUGAGGAUACGAGAGGCAGCCAUCAUCCUCCAGCAGUACAUCCGAGGGAAGAGGACGAUCCGUAAAAUGGUGACCGCUGAAACACUGAAGCAGGGCUGGGCUGCUGUGGUGAUCCAGAGACACUGGAGAGGUUACUGCAUGAGACAGAUCUACCAUGUCGUCCAAAUGGCCUCCAUCACCAUCCAAGCCUUCACCAGAGGAUGGAUGGCCAGAAAACGCUACAAGAAGAUGAUUGAGGAGCACAAAGCUCUGGUUCUGCAGAAAUAUGCCAAAGCAUGGCUGGCCCGGCGGCGUUUUCAAACCAUGCGCCGCCUUGUGCUUAAUGUGCAGCUCUCCUACCGGGUGCAGCAGCUCAGGAAGAAGACUGAAGAGCAGAACAAAGAGAAUCGAGGAUUAAUGGAGAGACUGACGAGUCUGGCCAGCAGUCAUUCCCAAACGAUGGAAAAACUCCACAGUCAGGAGGCACAACUGGAAAAACUAACAAACCUGAAGGCAUCUCUGGAGGAAAGAGAAAAGAAAGCAAGAGAAGAGGCUAGCAUGACAAUUAAUCAGCUUCAAAGACAAUUUGAAGAACUAAACACUGAAAAGCAGAACUUGGAGAAAAAGCUUGAAGUUUCCAUCAAAGAGACAAAAGAAAGUUUUGAUCAAGUAAAAAGAAACCUCCUGGAAGAGAAAGAGAAUGAAGUCCGGCUUAGAAAAAUUGCAGAGAACAACACUGAGAUCCAGAGACAUGACCACGAGAAAGAGCUGGAGAUCCUGAAGGAGGAGAUAAAGAGACUGAAAGAGGACAGAGUGAGUCUGCAGAGGAAGGUUGAGGAUGGGGCGCAGGUGAACUCUGACCUGCAGGAACAGGUCAUUCAGCUCACCAAGCAUGUGAAGGUCAUCCCAGAGCUGCGCAGAGAUCUGAACAACCUGCAGAAUCAGAAGAACAACCUGGACCGUAAGAUGAAGGAACAGUCGGAGCAAACAAGAGCUAAAACAAAGGAAAUUGUAAGACAGCUGCUUGGCGGUUUUAUUGAAGAGGAAAAGCUUUUGGGGCUUGUUCCAGAAGACUCUGAGAAGAUUUAUGAACUGGAUGAUUUGCAGGAAGCCUUUGAGAGUCUGCAAAAAGCCACAAGGUCUGGAAGUUACUGGGAAAACCACCAGAAGGAGCAGAGGGAGACGUACGAGUCUCAGAUGGAGGGCCUGACUCUGAGAGUGGACCACCUUCAGAACGAGAACAGCAAACUGCAAAAUCUUUUCCAGGAAAAAAGCAACAUCAACGAGGAUAUCCGCCAGGAAGUAUCGAGGCUGAGCAGUGAGAACUCGGUCAUACCGGAGCUGAAGCUGCAGGUUUCAGAGCUGCACAGACAAAAGCAGGAGCUUGAGACCGUUGUUAAAGAGCAGAGCAGCGAGUUAGCAGAAAAAAAUAUGGAGAUCAGCAACAUUCUCCAUAAGAAGAUCACAGAAGAAAGCUCCCAACGCAGACAUUUUGAGGAGAAAGCCAGGGAGCUGGAGGAGAUCAGAGAGGAGCUCCAAGUAAAGAUAGAGGAGUUGGAGGAGGAGAAUGAACAUUUGAAGAGACAGCAGCUGAUGGAGGGCGAAGUGAAGAGAAAACUGAGAGAGGAAACGUCGCAGUUAACAGCUGAGAACAUGGACUUAGAGGAGCAGCUUGACCAGAAAGAACGCUGGAUUAAGAAACUCCACAGUCAAAUAAAGUGCCUUGAAAUGUCACAGAAAGCAAAACAAACUCCUGCUCUUCCUAAAGAAUAUCUUGGCAUGUUGGAGUAUAAGAGGGAGGAUGAAGCAAGACUCAUUCAAAACAUCAUAACUGACCUGAAGCCCAAAGGUGUGGUGGUCAAUGUGAUUCCUACUCUCCCAGCCUUCAUCCUCUUCAUGUGCGUCCGCCAUGCCGACUACCUGAACGACGACAACAAACUGAAGUCUCUGAUGAACGGGAUCAUCCAAGGGGUCAAAAAGGUCGUCGUGGCUCACCACAAAGACUUUGAGUCAUUGUCCUUCUGGCUCUCCAACACAUACCGGCUGCUCAACUGUCUGAAACAAUACAGCGGGGAGGAACAGUUCCUGAAGCAGAGUACCCCUCGCCAGAAGAAGAACUGCCUGCAGAACUUCGAUCUGUCCGAACACAGACAGAUCCUCAGCGACCUGGCCAUACAAAUCUACCAUCAGCUCAUCUCCAUCAUGCAGAAGACGCUCACGCCUGCCUAUUGGUUUCCUGGUAUGCUGGAGCAUGAGAGCUUGCAGGGGAUUUCUAGCAUGAAACCGACUGGCUUCAGGAAGCGAUCCAGCAGCUUUUAUAAUGACUCGGAGACGUACACCAUCUCCUCCAUCCUGCAGGAACUCUCCGUGUUUUAUUCUGCCAUGAGCCACCACGGCAUGGAGCAGAGCCUGACCACGCAGGCCGUCAAACAGCUCUUCUUUCUGAUUGGAGCCACCACCUUCAACCAAAUCAUGCUCCGCAAAGACAUGUGCUCCUGCAGGAAAGGAAUGCAGAUCAGGUGUAACAUCAGCUACCUGGAGGAGUGGCUGAAGGAGAACGAGCUGCAGAGCUGCGGCGCCAUCGAUACGUUGAGGCCUCUGGCUCAGGCCGCCUGGCUGCUGCAGGUCAACAAAUCCACCGACGAAGACGCUAAAGAGAUCGCAGAAAAGUGCACCGAACUCAACCCUGUCCAGAUUGUCAAGAUUUUGAACUCCUACACACCCAUCGAUGAUUUUGAGAAACGAGUGACGUCAUCGUUUGUUCGCCAAGUUCAGUCCUUCCUUCAGGAAUACGAAGGCGCCACGCAGCUGAUGCUGGACACAGAUUAUCGCUUCCAGGUGACGUUUCCUUUCUGUCCGUCUUCGACAGCGUUAGAGUCUCUGCAGGUUCCCAGCAGCCUUCAUCUGGAGUUCCUAACCAGGAUCUGAGCCGUGAACCUUUCACUCCUCACGACUGAAUUAUGCUCACCUCGCACCUUACUGUAAAUAAGACUUUUUUUAAAAAACAAAUGUAGGAAGACAAAAUGCUGGGCAAGAUGCAGAAUUUUAAAUUUGUGUUUGUUCUGAACAGUUUUUUAUUCAAAUAUUCCUGUAAAUAAAUGUUAUAUGACUUUUUAAACUACAUAUAAGGCAGUCUCUCGAUGCAAAAUUGUGACCAAGAUUUAUAAGUAAUGUGGCUUUGACUUUUGUGUUAGAAAGUGUUUAGUUAAUUUUAUUGUUUAAAGUUUUUAGCAUCAUUCACCACUGAAGGAAAGAACUUAUUUUAUUGCUGUAUUUCCAGAUAUAAAUUAAAAUGACCUACAAUCGUUUCUGCUCUUCUCUUUGGUUUAUUUUGGGUUAAACAAAGUCAUUGUGGAGAAAGAGGUGAAAAUAUCUGUUCAUUUGUUUCCUGUUUAUUUUUCAUUAAAAUAAGGGAUUGUGGGCA